UUUCUUUUCAUAUUCUUGCGCUUCUUGUUUGUCUCCUUUUAGUUUCCUUUUUGCUAUCUUAUUUAUUUUACAUAAACUUUACCUUCUUAUCUUCUUAAAUCUGCAACUUUCAUGGCGGUUUUACCCACCUGUUCUUCACACUUGGAGUUGACAAUAUCUAUUCCCGGCUUUGCUUCUUCCCCUUCUCUUCCUUCUUCUGGGGGUUCUAUGGUGAGAGAUUUGGAUAUAAACCAAGUACCAUCAGGAGAAGAUGAAUGGAUCACAGCAAGCAUGGAAGACGAAGAGGAAAGCUGCAACGCCAACGGCGGAGCCGCCGCUCCUCGGAAAAAGCUCCGCCUCACAAAAGAGCAAUCUGCCCUACUCGAAGAAAGUUUCAGACAAGACCAUACCCUAAAUCCCAAGCGGAAAGAGGCAAUGGCUCUGCAGCUGAAGCUUAGGGCAAGGCAGGUUGAAGUUUGGUUCCAGAACCGUAGGGCCAGGAGCAAGUUGAAACAUACGGAGAUGGAGUGCGAGUACCUGAAGAGAUGGUUCGGAUCGCUGACCGAACAAAACCGAAGGCUUCAACGGGAAGUGGAGGAGCUUCGGGCUAUGAAAGUAGCUCCGCCGACCGUGAUCUCCUCGCACAAUUACGAGCCUCUGCACGCUUCGACUCUCACGAUGUGCCCUCGGUGUGAGCGUGUGACCACCACCACAGCAGCUGCCCUCGACAAGGUCUCCACAAAAAUAACCCUCGCAGCCACCACCGCCACCACGUUGUCGUCUAAAGUUGGAACAUCAGCCCUCCAAUCAAGGCCAUCUUCGGCGGCUUGUUAGUCAGGCUUAAUGACCCACUUUAUCAACUUAAUUUAAAAGGAAAAAAAGGGAAAUGAUUUAGGGAAUGUUCAUAUUAGUUUACACACAAUUUGUAAGGGACAGAUACUACAUAUGGGGCAUCUAAUCUACAUAGGGAUUUCACUUUAUUUUAUUCAU